GGUAUUUGAAUACAAGCAAAAUUUGAGAAAUUUUUGUUGACUGAAAGAAGUAAUGGGGAAAUUUGAUAAGAUUGCAUUGUUGUUGUCUUUGAUAGUGAUAACAAUAUGGUUUCCAAUUGUUGUUGAAUGCGCAAAGAAAGCAGUAGGAGUGGCGAGAAAAGAAGACAUUCCGUAUAUAAGAUGUCAGGUGUGUGAAAAGCUGGCGUAUCAGCUAUACCAUCAUGUUCAGAACAAACAAGCUGAGAUCUCUCCAAAGAAGAUCUCAGAGUAUCAGAUAAUAGAGAUUUCAGAGAAUGUAUGCAAUUUAAAGAAGCAGGAAGCUGAUUGGAUUCUUAAAAUUGACAUAGUUGAACAAGGUGAUAGGUUGGAGCUGAUUGAACAAGACUCUGAAGGACAAUGUAAUUCAGAAUGCAAAACAAUAGAGCGUGCUUGUCAAGAUGUGAUGGACUAUUUUGAUACAGAUGUGGCAGAAUAUUUAUAUAAAACCAAACCAGAUCUUGAUUCCUUGAAAAGUUUCCUUUGCAAGGAUUUGACCAAAGUUUGUAGCAAGGCACCACCUCCAGUUCCUAAGAAUAGAGUCCCAGGAGAACCUUUUGUUGCUAAGUCCUCAAAAGAGGCUGAAAUGGAAAAGCUAAUGCGAUCCAUGCAGGGUAUGCCUGGAGCCCCAGGUAUGCAAAUGUAUUCUAGGGAAGAUUUAAUGAACCAAAAGUUUGGUGAUGAAGAUGCUGAUGAUGACGACGAUGAUGAUGAAGGAGGCUUCCCGUCAAAACUGGGGAAGGUUAUUAUAGAAAAAGAAAGUAAGAAGAAUGAUUGGAAGCAACGGAUCACAAAAGGAAUUCAGGAUACAAGUGAAACUCUGAAGAAUCACGCUAACAGAGUAUCCCACAGGAUGAGAAAGUGGUGGGGAACGAAGAAAGCACAAUGGAAGAAGAGUUCCAAAACCGGUAAGGGAGAGCUAUAAUGAC